AGGAGCAGAGAGCAGCCAUUGCUGUGUCUGGCAGCAGGCAUUCCAGCUGUGAGGAGCCAGAGUCUUUAUUGCAAGUUGUAUGUUCUGUAUUCUAUCUGAUUCCCAGAGGAUGGAAAAGGACAGGGGGUCACAGGACUGAAAGGAUAAUUAAUAUUACCCUGGAGAUCAUCUACCUGCUGACUGGGGAGGAGGGGGAGUAUAUAGAGGAACACAGGGGUCUGUACAAGGACGUGAUGAUGGAGAAUCACCGGCCCCUCACAUCACUGGAUGGGCCCAGUAACAGAGAUACCCCAGAGAGAUGUCCCCGUCCGCUGUAUUCCCAGGAUUGUACAGAGGAGAAUCACAGGAUCCCACAGGAGGAUCAGGGUGACGCCCAAUUAAAUAAUAUUAAAGUCAAAGAUAUAGAGGUAGAAGAAGAGACGUAUGUGACUGAUAUAAAGGCAGAAGAUAUAGAGGGAGAAGAAGAGACGUAUGUGACUGAUAUAAAGGCAGAAGAUACAGAGGGAGAAGAAGUGACGUAUGUGACUGAUAUAAAGGCAGAAGAUAUAGAGGGAGAAGAAGAGACGUAUGUGACUGAUAUACAGGCAGAAGAUAUAGAGGGAGAAGAAGAGACGUAUGUGACUGAUAUAAAGGCAGAAGAUAUAGAGGGAGAAAAAGAGACGUAUGUGACUGAUAUAAAGGCAGAAGAUAUAGAGGGAGAAGAAGAGACGUAUGUGACUGAUAUAAAGGCAGAAGAUAUAGAUGGAGAAAAAGAGACGUAUGUGACUGAUAUAAAGGCAGAAGAUAUAGAGGGAGAAGAAGAGACGUAUGUGACUGAUAUAAAGGCAGAAGAUAUAGAGGGAGAAGAAGAGACGUAUGUGACUGAUAUAAAGGCAGAAGAUACAGAGGGAGAAGAAGAGACGUAUGUGACUGAUAUAAAGACAGAAGAUACAUUGGGAGAAAAAGAGACGUAUGUGACUGAUAUAAAGGCAGAAGAUAUAGAGGGAGAAGAAGAGACGUAUGUGACUGAUAGAGAGACAGAAGAUAUAGAGGGAGAAGAAGAGACGUAUGUGACUGAUAUAAAGGCAGAAGAUAUAGAGGGAGAAGAAGAGACGUAUGUGACUGAUAUAAAGGCAGAAGAUAUAGAGGAAGAAGAAGAGACGUAUGUGACUGAUAUAAAGGCAGAAGAUAUAGAUGGAGAAGAAGAGACGUAUGUGACUGAUAUAAAGACAGAAGAUACAUUGGGAGAAAAAGAGACGUAUGUGACUGAUAUAAAGGCAGAAGAUAUAGAGGGAGAAGAAGAGACGUAUGUGACUGAUAUAAAGGCAGAAGAUAUAGAGGAAGAAGAAGAGACGUAUGUGACUGAUAUAAAGGCAGAAGAUAUAGAUGGAGAAGAAGAGACGUAUGUGACUGAUAUAAAGGCAGAAGAUAUAGAGGGAGAAGAAGAGACGUAUGUGAGGGGUGAUCAGCAGUGUAAAGAGGAGGAGAUCCCUACAGAUAUCAACGGAAGCCUGGAGUGGAGCGGAUACCGGACGGCACCCACCCGCCACAUACGGGCCUCCCGCCAGGACCUAGCUGCCUUCCCUGCACCCAUCGGGACCCGCCGUCGAGACGAGGACACGGACUACUUUGCAACGGUGAGUCCGCUCCAUAGCCGGAGCCCGCCAUGUGACCGCUACGCCAACCGCCCUUACUAA